AAGCGACGCUCGUUUUUUUUGUUUUUCUCCAAAUUCUGCUUGGGGUUGCUUUGAGCCAUGGCGUCUCGUUCUCCACAUUCUGCCUAUUGAUAUGCUUCCACUCACAAGUUCAACGAUCUCUUCUCCGCCUUUUUAAGAAUCACAGGAGCAAGCAUUCAAGGGUCGCUUCGAGUUAGUCAUCUGAGCCAUAGGUUUCAUUGUGACCGGCACCCGUUAGAGGGUGAGCCAUGGCUACGAUGGAGGUGGCGGGGUGGGAGGACAAGGACGCGCUGCUGGACAGCGCGUGGAUGGACGCCGCCAGCAAGGACGACGAGCCCGACGACGACGGACCCAACCCUGACGACUUCCGUCGCUCUCGCACGUUUACGUCCUCCAUCCUCUCCCGGAUCACCGCAUCAACUCCAGGGAGAGGCGAGUCGAGCAGAGUGACUCCGCGUGGCGACGGCAAGGCAGCGCCUGGCGGCAGCAGCGGCAAGGACGGCCCGAAGCCCCCCAAGUGGCUCAACUUCCGCGGCUCCGCGAGCAAGGCACCCGACGACAGCAGCAAGGCGACUGCCACUCCAACUGCCAACCGCUCGGCAAGCUCGAGAUCGUCCGACGCAAAUUGGUCCGACAAGCAUUCGCCAUCAGCAGACACGUCAGCGGCUGACGAGCCGUCGAUGGACGAUCUUCGGCGAUCCAUUACGGUGUCCGCCGUCGACCGAAGCUCGCUGCGCCGCCAGCACAAGGAGAUGGGCACCCUGCGCGCCAAUGCCGAGGUCGCCCAGAGGAAGACCAGCGCGCAGGGCGGCAGAAGCAGCACCUCCGCCAGCGACGGCAGCGGCUUGGAUGCGCAAGGUGCUCAAACUAACCCGGGAACCGCGGGCGGGCUUGCGCGAACGCGAUCCGGCGGAAGCGCGACGUCGGUGGUGUCGCGGCCUCCCGCCCCCGUGCCGGCCGCCAAGGUCGCGUUCUUCUCGUUCAACAAGCACCGCGAGGCCGUCGCGGGCGCGGAACACGCGGAGCAGCUGUCGCUCUCCGCGGAUGAACGGAGGGCGCGCGGACAAGCGGGGGAAGGUGUCCCGCAGAGAGUCUACGGCCGGCGGGCGCAGAGCAUUGGCGGAACGGCAGGGGAGCUGCGCGGAAGAGGGGGGAUUCCGGAUGCCGGGAGGCCCGCAUCGGGAGGCCCGGUGCGGGCGAGCUUGGGCAGAAGUCGCAGUGUGGGCAACGGUCAAAGCGACGCGGGCGGCCAUGGCCUCUCGCCCCUGCACCCGUCAGCCAGUCGCCCCUCCCCUCACCCCGACCGCUCCGCCUCCCCGCAGCUCAUGCGCCGCCCGCGUGGCCACUCCUCCUCCUCCUCCCUGCUGCCCCCCCACGCGCGCACUGCCACCCCUCCCCGCGCGCCCGACCCAGGCGACCGCCCAGGCUCGGCCCUGUCCGACCGCUCAGCCUCGGGUUCGUCCGAACGUGCAGGUUCGGAGAGAGCCAGAGGUCAGGUUGACAGACGCAGGAGCGGCGUGUCUGGACGGAAGGAGGAAGGAGGGCUGGCAGGAGGUGCGGAACGAAUGGGGUCGCCUCUUAGUGGAAGAAGAGGAGGUGCUUCUAGCGGGUACGGAAGUGAGGACGGGCCAGGGAGUGUUGGAAGCGCGGGGUAUGUGGGAGGCAAAGGGGAAGGGGAGCACCAGCAGCACCAGCAGUACCAGCAGCAGGGUAGGGGACGCGGGAUGGGUGGUGGGGGAGGGGUGCAAGGGGGAAGGCAUGGGCGGCAGAAGUCAAGCAGCAGCAGCGGAGGGAGCGAGGGGGGGGGUGCGCGGAAGGGGGGGAAGAGCGGAGAUGGUAGCCUAGAAGGGGUAGCGAGUGGCGGAAGAGUGGGCAAGGGAGGCAUGGCGGGGAGGGGAGCAGCGGGAGCAGGUGGGGGGUUCGCUGCGAGUGGAGGGAGAGGAGGGGCGGAAGGGCGUGGGUGUGGGUACGGCAGCGAAGGUGGGGGCGGUGAAGAGGGAUAUGGGGAGGGGGGAGUGUGGGAGGAGGAGUUCAGCAGCGAGGAGGAGGCAGGGGACGAGGAGGAAGACCGCGGCAGCAGUGGUGUGAGCCGGCAGCAGGAGCAGCAGCAGCAAAGGCAGGGGCAGCACGGUGUGGCAAACAUGGCAGGCGGGCAUCAGAAGGGCUUCCACGCACAGGCGGAGAUGGGAGGGCCCAGAGGGGGGUAUGCUGAGGGGUAUGCUGAGGGUUAUGUGGAUGAUGGGGCGAGGUAUGCGGGCGAGCAAGGGGAGGGAGGGGAGGUGGAGGAGGAGGAGCAAGAGGGAGGGGAUGACUUGUAUGGCGGAGGCAGGGGGGAGGAGGCGGGGGGGUACGAGCAGGCAGAGGUGUGUGAUGAGGGCACGUACGCGGAGCAGGGGUAUGUGGGCGGGCAGGGGUAUGACGAGCAGGGCUACAGCAGUCAAGAUUACAGCAGCCAGAGCGGGCAACAGGGUUACCAGGCAUCGUACUCGGAGCAAGGACGUGGCAACCAGGCGUAUGGAAACCAAGGGUACAGGGGCGAGGGCCACAGCCAGUACAGCGAGCAGGAGUAUGAGGAACAGGGGUAUGCACAGCAGGCGUAUAAUGAGCAAGGGUAUAACGAGCAGGGAUAUAACGAGCAGGGGUAUAACGAGCAGGGGUAUCACGAGCAGGGGUAUAUGGGGGAAGGGUACGAGGGUCAGGGUUAUGGGGAGCAGAGACACCAGGAGCAAGGGUAUGAGGGGCAGGGGUAUGGGGAGCAAGCGUAUGGGGAGCAAGCGUAUGGGGAGCAGGCGUAUGGGGAGCAGGGAUAUGGUGAGCAGGGGUAUGAGGGUCAGGGAUAUGGUGAGGACCAGGGGUACAGUGAAGCAUCAAGAGGGCACUAUCCUGUGCCGAUGCAACCUGCUCACAAUCAGUACCAGCAGCCACAGCAGCAUUUGUACCAUGGCCACCAGCAGCAGCAGCAGCAGCAGCCACAACCACCAAAGGGUGGUACUCGUUCCUUGAGAAGGGGGUCCGGAGCAGCAGCAGCAGAAGGAGCACAAGGGGGUGUGGGGGGCAUGGCGUGCGGUGCUGGCAGAGGGAGGGGGGGCAAGCAGCCGUCCGUGGAGUCGCAGCAGCACCCGCCUGCAGGCAUUCGCCUCGCGCCAGGUGGAGGGGCCAGGGCUGCUGGCGCCGCGCGGAGCCGUGGGGGUGGCGGGUACUGAGGUGACUGCGGGGUGUGGAGCAGAGGGGUGUGAGGGGCAGAUUGGAGUAUGGAGGGGAAGAAGGAAGGGGUGGGAGGGUGCAAGGGAACUGGGGUUUCUGUUGCGGUUGCUCAGGUGUGCGGCUCAGUCAAUGUCGGGUGGGCCUGCAUUUGACAGCAGUUGUAGGGUUCUCUUGCUGUGUUCCUCCUACCGUUCAUGCUGUGCUGUUGCUAAGUUUGGGUGGCUCUCUGGUUUGAGCUGCUCUACUGAUCACCAGGAUUCGAGGCUGUUCGUAACUAGUAAAACGCCUGAUAAUAAAGGCAUACCGUAUAU